AUUAUUUCAGUGGGUAUGUAAGAAUAUGGGGCGGUGCUAGAAAUAGGGUGAGAAGGUAUCUCUGAGUCUCCCUGCUGGCAGCAGGCUGAUGAGAACGGUGCUCUUCAUUUUGUGAAUUGGUGUGUGAAAAGGAAGCGGGAGUUAUGUGCUAGUAGCUGGGAUAAACGUUGGCAGUGCAAACGAAGACACUUUCCCCACUGGCGGAAAGAAAAACGGCAGCCCUGCAGACAGCACUGACUAUUAAUCCAGGUGCUGUCCAGUUACAUAAGUCAACUCUGCACCUGGUGCAAGGUUUGGAAGUGCUUAAGCAUCUACAGAGUCCAGGAGUCUGCGUUACAUUUCUCCAGCUCAUUAACUGUGUGAGAGUGACAGGGGACGUUGAUGUUUACAGACUCCGUUUAAUGCUGUAAGAAUGGGAAUUCGGGUGUUCGUCGCAUCCUCUUCUGCCUCUGUUUUGAUCAAGAAGAGGCAGCAAGAGAUUCUGGAUUUUCUUGAAGUCCACAAGAUUGAUUUUGCAGAGGUUGAUAUUACUAUGGUAGAGGGCCAGAGGAUAUGGAUGUACAAGAACAUUCCCAAAGAGAAGCAGCCAUCACAAGGCAAUCCACUGCCACCUCAAAUAUUCAAUGGCAAUCAGUACUGUGGGGAUUAUGAUGACUUCUUUGAAGCCAAGGAAAGCAACACAGUGUUUUCCUUUCUGGGAGUGAAACCUGGUUUGGUAUCUAAGGAGGUUGAACCCUAAUCCCAAGAGACUGAAAGAGGCCAAAUUUAAGGAAGAAAGGAGCCGUCCAGUGUUAUAAUACAUCACAAAUGUUUCACUGUGAUAAUGCCAAGGUUAAAUCAGCAUUAUUUUGCUUGCUCUAGAGAGACAUUUUUCAGUGGAUGAAACAUUCUGCAUUGAAGAGGAACACAACUUUCUUUUGUGCUAGUAUGCUGGUUGAAAAAAGAACCAAAACUUUGAUUAUGAUCAGAAUACAAACGAGUGUAUUUUCAUUCCUUGAUUUAAUGCAAUGAGCAGAAAAAAAUGGUGAACGCAUUCUUUAAAUGGCCUACUCUAUGUAAUAACUGUUUUAUGUGCUUCAUGUACAUGUUGCCUUUAGCACUUAACUUGUAUAUGACCAUGUAAAUCCCUGUUGAAGGUGAUGGUAAUCAAAUGAGUGUAGUGGCAAUUGGAGCACAUAUAUUAAUAUGUGCAAUUAGUUGUCACCAUUUUUUUAUUCAUAUAAAUCUUGGCUCAUAUAAAGAGGUUUCUGCUGGUAACUUUCAUCAGGUUUUUGCUGUAGUGAGCCUUGAACAUGAUUUAACAAGUAUAGGCCAUUAGAUAAAGCUCCUGUUCCCUCAUA